GUUACAGCGUCUAUAUACCAGUUUUGUUGUAGACACCGCUGACAACGGUCUGUUCACAUAAACGCAGCGCAGAGCUCUGAAGCGCUGUAUUCCCUUCCCUGCUCACUGUCACUUGGAUUUAUUAUCAGUUGACGACUGACUGCGGCUGCGCGGUAACUUAUCAGUCUGGGACCGGGAGUUUGAAUAAAAGCUACUUGAAAAUGUGUUUCUGAUGGAUAACCUCUGGGAAAAAUCCAAUCUCUGUGUUUUCACUAUUCAGCGUUAGAUACGGAGCGGCAUUUUCCUCCUGGUUGUUUUGGUGCUACUCGCUCGACGACUACGCUUUGUAAGUGAAUACCCUUUUAUGUGUGGAUCUUCGUUUCGCGCCUACAGUUAAAAAAACAUCUGCGGUGCAAAAAUGAUUUGACAAAGGACUUAACAGUUUUUUGCGGAACUUUCGUAGUAGGAAUCGGGUUUCGUUAAUCAAAGAAACGAACUUACAAAUUAUUCUGUGUAAUUUGUAAUUUAUUUUAGUUGUGGAGUGGUGCAUUCUGAAUCACUCACAGAAAGUAUACUACUUCAACGAACUGUACCUUCUAGUAAACACUCAACAAUCCAGUAGGAAAUAAGCAACUGAGACUGUUUGACUUCUGCUGUCUAUAAAUAGAUCGACUAUUGUUGAAGAAACCAUGUCGCUGGCCAACCCAUUCACAGCAUCGAAUAUGAAGCACAAAUGGAGUAAACUGUGGAACAAGCGAUCUGUGACGAUUACGGAAUACGAUCCUACAUACAAAGUAACUUAUUUGGGUAAUGUGAUCACGCAGUGGGCCAAAGGCGACGGUUGUGUUGAUAAGCCUUUGGCUACGCUUUGGAAGAACUACUGUUCGAACGUUAAACACGAAAUUACAAUGAAAUUGACGAUUAGCAAUUCAGGACUAAAAGCUACGACAAAAGAGCAUGGACUGACAGAAUAUUGGGCAAACAGAAUAACGUUUUGUUCUGCCCCACCACAGUACCCCAAAGUAUUUUGUUGGGUAUACCGCCAUGAGGGUCGGAGAAUGAAGCAGGAACUGAGAUGUCAUGCAGUUCUGUGUGAUAAGGAGGACAAAGCAAAAACCAUGGCUGCCCAACUCAAUCAGAGGUUAACGCAAGCUCUUCAAGAAUUCAGGAGAGAAAAGCUCAGCAGGCAGAAAGCCAGAUUGUCACUAGCCAAUUCCUGUUAUGACAAUCCGACAAUACCACGUAGAAAACUGUUACUAAGUACUGGAUCCACUAACUUCCGGCCACCAUUAGAAAGAUCUAAAAGUGCUCCUAAAUUGACAGCUAUUGACGAAAUCGAAGAAGAAGAUGAAGAGGAUCAGGAGUCUUGUGGACACAUUGUGGAUGACGAUGACUUCGAUGACGAAUUUCUAACAGGUUCAGUGAUUUCUGAAAUUGAAUCUAGCUCUGAUAUCGUUCCUGAUGAUGUAGACUCAUUAUCUGACCAUUAUUUGACCAAUGGCCAGGAGACAGACUCUUUUGAUUCCGAUUCUGUAGAUGAUAUACCAAAUCCUAGACUUCGGAAAACUUCCCUCAAACUUAUCGAUGAGACUGUCGAUGAAGAAGAUAAUGUAUCGGACGAAUCGGGUUAUUCAGAAGAAAAAUUUUCGUUCAAAGAUGAUAGUAUAGCAUCUUAUAAAAUGUGACGAAGGGCUAAUUAAUACAUUAUACUUCAUAUUUUGUGCAAGGUAUGAUGCUAUCAGCAGUUCACAUGUUGCGAUGUGAUCUGAAAGAACUCAAUAAUACAUUUCGGUGCUAAACAAAGUAAAUAUUUUCUACCCACUUUUUCUUACUGAUUAUAUUUUAAUUACUUAUUUUCCUUUUAAUCUUAACAUUGUUUUUUGUUAAAUUGUUUAUUUGAACUUAACUUUAAUUUAUAGACAUG